AUGGAAAUGGCAAAAAGUUUAUUUGGAAGAGAUCAUGAUGGUUAUGUCUCUUCCAAAGAACAUACGAAGAAGCUACAAACACUUAAUUCGGAGGAUGAUAUAGGUGAAGAGUUGACCACAACAAUGGAAGCAUUGAGUGUUGUCGAUGGUCUGCGACCCAAUCCGGGGGGUCCAUUUUCAGCCCUUACCCCCUCAAUGUGGCCGCAAGAAAUUCUGGCAAAACCUGAAUCUGAUAAUGGAAGUGGUCCCAAUGAUCAGCCAGACUAUAGAUUUGAUGAAUUCGGUUUUCGUGUCGAAGAGGAAGAUGGCCCCGAACAAAAUUCUAACAAACUGCUGAGUAUACCAUUUGUGGAAGAUGCACAACACCGCUUACAGUGGAUUGCCCAUUUGGAGUUUUCACACAAUAAAGAGGCGAAUGAAUUGACGUGGGAAAAUGUGGGUGUAAUGUUGCCACGUACUGAAAAAUUGCGGAAUAUGGUAAGAGAGGGUAUACCACAUUCGUUGCGACCACAGAUGUGGAUGCGUCUAUCGGGGGCAUUGUCUAAGAAACAGAAGAGUGAAACCAGCUAUCAAGAGAUUAUCAAGGCUUCGGCAAAUGAUCAACUGAUGACAUCGAAACAAAUCGAAAAAGAUUUGCUGCGCAUUUUGCCCACAAAUGCAUGUUUUAGCAAUCCGAAUAGUACUGGUAUACCAAGGCUAAGAAGGAUAUUGAGAGGUAUUGCUUGGCUUUACCCCGAUAUUGGAUAUUGCCAGGGUACAGGUGUUAUUGCCGCCUGUCUUCUACUCUUUAUGGAAGAGGAAAAUGCAUUUUGGAUGAUGGCAACCAUUGUUGAAGAUCUUCUACCAGCCUCAUACUACUCAUCAACAUUGCUGGGUAUACAGGCCGAUCAACGAGUAAUGCAAACCCUUAUCGCCAAUUAUUUGUCUGCGGUUGAUGAUAGCUUGAAAAAACAUGAUAUUGAACUAUCAUUGAUUACCUUACAUUGGUUUCUUACGCUAUUCGCCAAUGUGGUACAUAUGAAAAUAUUGGUGCGCAUUUGGGAUUGGUUUUUCUAUGAGGGUAGUAUUGUACUCUUCCAGCUGACAUUGGGUAUGCUCAAGAUGAAAGAAAAUGAUUUACAUAAUUUGGAAAAUUCAGCUCAAAUAUUUAAUUCACUAUCGGAUAUACCCGGCAUGAUUGAUGAUGUUGAAGUACUAUUUAAACUUGCCUUGGAAGUAGGUGGCUCUCUGAGUCAAACCGUAAUUGAUACACAUAGACGUAGACACCUUGCUUAUUUAAUGGCAGAUCAAGGUGGCCUUGUGGGCAAUCCCAACCUAGUGCCCAAUUUACCAAAACAGCAUUUAGCACGCAGACAAGUCCGCAAAUCAAAAUCCAUACUUGAGACCUUGCUAUUCCGCGGUGAUAAUGGCACAGAAGAGGUGAAAAAUAAAAACAUCAGACAAACUGAAAUUUUGGUUGACUUGCGUGAGGCGAUACUUAAAGUGGCUCGCCACUUCAUUGCCAUUGAACCAAAAUUGGCAAAUCACAUUCAACUAACGGCCGACUACAGUACCCAAUCCCAUGCUAAGGAUCAUGAGAAUUUUAUAAAUGUAGCACGAACCCGUAAACGUAGAGCCAAGGCCUUACAUGAUUUCGAAAGACAUGACGAUGAUGAACUGGGCUUCAGGAAAAACGAUAUCAUAACGAUAAUAAGUCAAAAAGAUGAACAUUGUUGGGUUGGUGAAUUGAAUGGAUUGAGAGGUUGGUUUCCAGCUAAAUUUGUUGAACUUUUGGAUGAACGCAGCAAACAGUAUACAUCGGCAGGGGAUGAUGCAAUAUCAGAAACGGUAACGGAUUUGGUUAGGGGCACACUGGCGCCAGCAGUAAAGGCGUUUUUGGAACAUGGCAUGAAAAGGCCAACAUUUUUGGGCGGUCCCAUACAUCCAUGGCUUUUUAUUGAGGAAGCUGCCUCCAGGGAGGUGGAAAAAGACUUUGAAUCUGUUUAUAGCCGUUUGGUAUUGUGCAAAACCUAUCGUUUGGAUGAAGAUGGCAAAGUUCUAACCCCAGAGGAGCUGCUUUAUCGCUGUGUCCAAUCUAUUAAUCAAUCACAUGAUGAGGCUCAUGCCCAAAUGGAUGUCAAAUUACGUUCGCUCAUAUGUUUGGGUCUCAACGAACAGGUUUUACACUUGUGGCUAGAAGUUUUAUGCUCUUGCCAGGAAAUUGUACAAAAAUGGUAUCACUCCUGGUCGUUUAUCUAUUCACCGGGAUGGGUACAAAUUAAAUGUGAAUUGCGUAUAUUGGCCCAAUUUGCUUUUAAUUUAAAUCCUGAUUGGGAAUUGCCACCAAAGCGGGGCAAAGAAUCCCAACCGCUUAAAGAUGGUGUUCGAGAUAUGUUGGUGAAACAUCAUUUAUUCUCAUGGGAUUUGUGAGAGUAUGU